AUGCGUAUUACCCAAUAUAUCGAGAAAACAAGUGUUCUCAAGCUUCAGGUUGGAUUGUUGGGUACGGGUAAAUCACUGCAAAAGGAUCUCAAUCAGAUUGCUGAGACAGCUGAUACAUCCAAACCUGAGGGCUUGAGAUAUGUAUUACAAGAGACAACACUAGCUCUACUUCGACAUCCUGAUUAUUGCAUCUAUGGUUAUUCCUUUGUGGAUGUGAAGAGGAGCAUAGAUGAAGGUGAGAAACGAUUUAAUCAACUUUCUAUUGAAGAAAGGGGUAAAUUUGAUGAAGAGACUCUAGUCAAUGUCAACAACAUCAGAAAGCAAAGUGCAACAACUCAAAGAUCUAAUGACUUCCGAAAUGAAUAUAUUGUGGUCAGUACUGUUCACAUAUAUCCCUCUUUUUGUCCAUUAUAUACCAUUUAUUUCCAAGGUGAACGUUUCUUUCCCACUUUUUGUAUUUUCAUGAUUUUCCCCGUUUGCUUAAUUCCACCAAUAGAGUUCGUUUAUUUCCAUGUUAUAAGUCAUUCUAUCUGUGUAAAGUACAAAAAAGCAUUGAUAUAUAGUUUACCAAAUUAAGUCAUGCUCUCAUUAAAUGUAAAG